CCCGGGGUGUGGCUUGACGCGACGAGUGACGUAUUUAAAGGGCAGCAGUGCAUUUUGAACCCACAACCAAACGUUUUUCAACCUGUCGUUAUGUACAACAGUAAGCACUGAACGCAGCCUAGGACGAGUAGGCCAAAUCUGACGAAAUUAAAGUCUGAACAAGUGGGAUCUCACAAUCCAAAUUUACUUACUCAAAUACGGCAGCUCAAAUUAUAUAUUUGCAGUUGCAAGACAGGCACGCUCCGCUCACAGUGUUGAUCUGCUGCAAAGGUGUGAAGUCAUUUGAAAAGAUAACUGAGAAGUAAAGAACACUUAAACAAAACAAAUUUAUGCCAAGCCUUAAAACAAAUACAUUUGAUCAAACUUAAUCUUCAGCAACAAUCUCUUCUGUCAGAUGCUACAGCAAAGUCAGGAUUGUACAAGCUAGUAAAAGUCAGAAAUGUGUUAGAUAUCUUUUGAAAAGUGAGUGAACUUUUAUUGAGGAAAGUUGCCUCUGUAUGACUCAAAUAUAAUUUGACAGCUAAGAACUGAGUCAGUUUACAUGAGUGUUUGCUUUGAAUGAAUGUUGGUAUCUGACCAACACUACCGCUUGGGUUUGGCGUGUCUGAGGUUAAGAUUAAUGUGUGCAUAGAACCAAAUGUCCACUACUUUCUCUAGCGAUAAAACCUCUAUGAUAGGGAGUUUAUGAGAAUGUCAGGUUAUUUUUCACUCCCCUUCUCGAAGCCCCUUACCGCUCAUCGCCUCACCCUGGAAACUGGAGAUUCUCUCUACCAGGCGAUCAGUCUCUUCCAGGCUGUUGAGUGGUCCCCCCCCUCCUGGGUUGCCUCUGAACAUACACAAGGGCUGGGCCAGCUGCACCAAGAGGAAAGCAACACCACCACACGGACUGAGAGGAAUGCCACUGGACUACAGAGCUGACUACUCUGGAUCCUGGCCAUGAGGUUUCAUGCCUCGCUCUACUGACCGGAGACACUGGACAUAUGGCGCAGCAUGACUUUGUUCCAGCCUGGCUUAACUUCUCCACGCCUCAGCCCGCUAAGUCUCAUGCAGCCUUUGAGAGGCAUGGAGAGCACCUUGCCCGUGGUGAUGCUCUGCCUGGUGUGAGCCGCCGUCGCCAUAACUCCUCUGACGGCUUCUUCAACAACGACCCCCUCAGAGCUCCUGCAGGAGACGGGUGGCAUCAGCUCUCUCUGCUGUGGCAUGACUCUGUGGACUCUGGCAUGGCCAAGGGGGGUCUGGGAAGGGGUCUGCCCACUUGGCACACUGGUACCUGGGGACAGGAGAGACCCCAGCAAGGGCGACACCCCAAGCGACCUGUGGGUGAGAGGGAGAGACCAGGGGCCCUCCGCCAGUGCAACGGGACCUUCCAUCCCCGUAGAGGCCCUCUCCCCUCUAAUGAAGGAGGCCAAAAGGACAAGCUGAAGUUUGAGGAGGAGGGUUUUCCCUCACUCAACCCAGAGAGCAGUGGGAAGCCAGUGGCCCAGUCUCGUGCUGUAGGGACUCCUGUAGGAGUUUGGGAGCACCCUCCUGGUGCCAAGCAGACCAUGACUAAGAUGCUGGUCAUCAAGAAGGUUUCCAAGGAAGACCCUGGUGCUGCUUUCUCUGCUGGUUUUGCCAACACGAGACCCCAUUUAACCAACAGCACCAAAACCCCUGUCUCUGGACCCAGUGUCUACAAGAACCUGAUGACCAAGCCAGCUACCGCCCCAACAAAGACUGGUCCAUGGAAGUCGAACGGAAGGGAAACCAAAACCAGUUUUAAUUUCUCUGGCCAGGACUCAUCCUUCACCAACCCUGCUGCUUCUGUGACAAAACCUUUGAUAACGUCUGUCACGCCCUCGACCCACGUCAGCCCCAAGGAGCCUCCCUCCAGCAUCACCCCUCCUUGUCUGAAGCUGAUGCAUCGCAGCACCGACCGCAAGAGUGAGUUCCUCCGAGGCCUGAAGGAUGAGAGGAACGGGGACGGGCCCACCUCAACCAGCCCCUCAGCCACUCCAGAAUCUCAGGAGAAUGGAGGAGAGGUUCCGGAGAAUGGGAUCUCUCACUCUCUCAGCAACACAGACACAGAUCACCUGUCCAGCAUGCUGGAGGCAGAACACAGGUUGCUCAAAGCAAUGGGCUGGCAGGAGUACCCAGAGAAUGAUGUCAACUUCUUGCCCCUCACUGAUGAGGAGCUCAAAGAAUUUCAAGAUAAAACUAAGAAGGUAAAAGCUAUACAUACAGCUGAAGAGGAACAGGCUGGGCCAGAACGGUGUUCUCCUAAAGCCUUUUCUGAAGGGCCUUCCCCUGCUGUUGUCCUGGAGAAACCCUUUAGAGCCUGAACUAGAAGAGGUCACAGAGACUGAGAGCACCAGUAGCAGCCAGACAUCAGAUGACGACGCAGACGCCUAACGUGGCUUUACACCCCUCUUCUUCCUCACGCCACGCUGCCUCGCUCAUUGCACUCUUCUUGCUCAUUCACAAGAGACUGGUCAUACAGACACUGGUGUGACAGAGGGUUCAGAGGUGACGCCUGCCUGCCUGAGGGUUUUUCUUUCUUUCUGCUUUUUCUUCCGACACCUUUUUUUGUUUUUGUCUUUUCCCAGGAGCUCAAAUGUUAAUUGAACACAACACAUCACAAUUGUUCUUUUGCUUUGGCAAAUCAACAACGAGGAUUUAACUGGCAAAUGACUUCAUCAAUCAGUACUUUAUUUUGAAAAAUGGCUUUGACACGUGCUCUUGCUGAAACAAUUUGUAGCAUUUGUGUUGAGAGGAAACUAUCAUUGUGAAUGGUUGAUAUUGACAUUGCUUCCAGUCCCCUAAAUAACCCUUCUAUAAGGAUUUAGGUUUGUUUUGGUCCAUGUUAAUGUCUGUCUUAUCUGAACAGUGUAAGGCAUUCGUUUGCUUAUUAUAUUUCUCGUAAGCGGUAGAAAAACUGUCAUUUGCAGUCAUGGACCAACAUUUCUUUUAAUACAAUACGGAUUUGAAUGUAGCCAGUUGGGGCAUAAAUAAUAAAACAAAAGUUCAGAAGUAAUGUCAAUUGCAUGGUUAAGUCACACUUUACUUUACUUAUUCUGGAGAAAACCAACAUUAUCUCAUCGAAGCUGAUUGUCUGUUUAGUUCGCCAUCGUUUUCAGACAUGCAAAAUUCAAGUUGUUUGGUUGAUAGAGACUGUAAACUUAGUCCCCCAAAUACUCUUACUGCUUGUAUUAAGAUACAACUUGUUUUCUUUCUUACAUGAGGGACUGCUGUUGUAAAUUUACGCAUUUACCAGAUUUUGAAACUAUUCUCCUGGCUGGUGGAAUGUUCAGAUGGCUUUACCACAUAAAGGCUCUUUGUUUUAUUUUCUAAUUUGGUACUGCUGUGUAAAACAUUGAUUAUUUAAUUUGUUUGCAUAUUGUUCUUACAGCCUUGACAUUCAGGGUGGAUUGUAAAAAAAUAUAAUAAAUUGUGAGUUUUGAAAGA